AUGGCGGAGGGGAAGGUUUUGAGAGGGAAAGUCGGCUUUGCCGGACUGGGAUCGAUGGGUUUCGGGAUGGCUAGCCAUCUGCUGAGAGAGGGCUAUCAAGUCACAGGUUUUGACGUAUAUCAGCCGACGUUGGAGAAAUUUCAGGCCAUUGGGGGCGCAACAUCGUGCUCGCCCAAAGGUGCUGCAAGGGGCUCCAAUGUCUUCAUCUGCAUGACGGCGAACUCAGAUCAAGCACAGUCUGUACUUUUCGGCACAGAUGGCGCAGUUGAUGCUCUCCCGACAGGCGCUGUGGUAGUAUUAUGCUCUACUGUACCACCAGCAGCAAUCCAAGAGAUUCAAGAGAAGUUGCGCCAACGUGGCCGAACGGACAUAUCGCUGCUCGACUGCCCAGUUUCAGGAGGCACUGCACGUGCUGCGUUAGGCACGUUGACCAUCAUGGUGGCCGGUAGCCCAGAAGCUCUAGACAAAGGGAAUGCUAUCCUCUCCGACAUUUCCGAGAAGCUUUACGUCAUCCCCGGUGGUAUUGGAGCAGCUAGCAAUGUAAAGAUGAUCAACCAGCUACUAGUUGGUGUCCACAUUGCUGCGGCCGCAGAAGCCAUGGGCCUAGCUGCAAAAGCCGGGCUCAACACUCGCCAAGUAUACGACAUUAUCACGAACGCCGCCGGCAACAGCUGGGCCUUCGAGAACCGCGUUCCUCAUAUGCUCGACAACGACUGGAAUCCGCUCUCAGCACUCAAUAUCUUUGUAAAGGAUAUGGGUAUCGUGACGUCUACCGGCCGAUUGCAUGGCUUCCCUCUGCCACUGGCUUCAGCGGCAGAACAACUGUACAUUUCCGGGUCCUCUCAAGGACUGGGACUUGAACAUGAUGCUGGAGUUGUUCGUACAUACAUCCCCACAACUCCCUCGCUCGUACAUGAGCAAGCUCGCCCCGUCUCAGAUGGGGCGCAUCUCACACCAAGCGUUACGCCUACGGAGAUCGCCAAGAUCGGCUUCGUCGGAAUGGGAGCGAUGGGCCAGGGAAUGGCUGCUUCUCUGCUCAGAGCAGGAUUUACGGUACAUGGCUACGACGUGUACGAGCCUUCGGUACAAAAGUUCAUCAGCGGCGGUGGCAAGGCUUCUGCAGCGAAAUCACCAUCGGAAGCCGCUCAGAAUGCACAAGUCUUGUUACUGAUGGUUCAAAAUGCAGCCCAGGCUGACGACGUGUUGUUUGGAGCUGGAGACGCGGCGGAGGCGCUGCCAGCAGAUUCCAUCAUCAUCCUCAGUUCUACGGUACCUCCUUCCUUCGUGAGAAGUCUUGGUGAUCGCCUAACUGCGAUGGGCAAAAACAUCAGCUUGGUCGAUGCGCCUGUGAGUGGAGGGGUCGUCAGAGCUGCGAAAGGCGACUUGACAAUCAUUUGCUCAGGCGCCGACAAUGCUUUGGAGCAUGUGAAAUCUGUCUUGACAGCUAUGAGCGGCCUACCGAAGAAUCUCUGCUACGUGCAGGGCGGCAUAGGCGCCGCCUCGUCCGUUAAGCUCAUUAAUCAGCUUCUAGCAGGCAUACACAUCGCCGCAGCCGCCGAAGCGAUGGCUUUCAGUGCUAGACUUGGUCUCGAUACACGGAAUGUGUUCGAGAUUGUAAAGAAUGCCGCAGGUUGGAGCUGGAUGCUCGAGAACCGUGUACCUGCAAUGCUGGAUGCAGACUGGACACCACAUUCUGCACUAGCGAUCUUUGUCAAAGAUAUGGGAAUCGUUCUCGAUGAGGCUAAGCGGCUUCUCUACCCCGCGACCAUGUCCGCAGCGGCACAUCAACUUUACCUUGCUUGCCACUCCCAUGGCUUGACAAAAGAGGCGGACUCGGGAGUCGUCAGAUUCUGGGAGCUUAUGACGGGCGUGUCUGUGUCAAAGAGUGCUGGCCCCAAAGAGACUAAAGAGCAAAUGGCUUUCCAACCCCGAAAUUACCCGGCCCUGCCGGCCAAGGAGACCAUUGAGUCACUACCACCGCCGUACUCUGGGGACGUGAUAAGCGCCAUCAGAAACCAUGUCGAAAGCGAUAGCACACCAGUCUUGGUAGUCCUUGAUGACGAUCCGACUGGAACACAAACCUGCCAUGACAUUGCCGUUCUGACUGUGUGGGAUCCUGAUACUCUCCGUGCCGAGUUCGAAGCCACGAAAUCCGGUUUCUUCAUUCUCACAAAUUCGCGUGCUCUUCCACCCAAGGAAGCUAAAGCGUUGAUUUUGGAAAUCUGCAAGAACGUCGCCAAGGCGGCUGAGGCUGCCAGUAAGCCUUUCGAAAUCGUGCUUCGCGGUGACUCGACGCUCCGUGGACACAUUCCGGAGGAGCCGGAGGCCGCUGAGGAGGCGCUCGGGAGGUUUGAUGGCUGGAUCAUCGCCCCUUUCUUUUUCCAGGGCGGCAGGUACACCAUCGACGACGUGCAUUAUGUAAAAGAAGGGGACGAGCUAGUACCUGCCAGUGAGACUCCAUUUGCCAAGGAUGCAACUUUUGGGUACAAGAGCUCAAAUCUCAGGGACUACAUCCUGGAAAAGGCCGGGCACAGAUUUACUGAGCACGACUUCCUGUCCGUCACACUUACAGACAUCCGGGCUGGCGGCCCCGACGAGGUGACCAAGAAGCUGCUCGAGGCGCCAAAGGGCAAAGUCAUCAUCGUCAAUGCCGCUGCCGAGUCAGACAUGUACGUCUUCGCAGCAGGACUGCUAGCCGCCGAGAAAGCAGGCAAGCGCUACCUCUACCGCUCAGGCGCUGCCCUCGUAUCUGCCCGCCUUGGCAUCAGCGGCAUUCCACCUCUCACGAUGCAGGACCUCGGGGUCAAGCCCGAGGAGAAUCCGAAUGGCGGUCUCAUCGUCGCUGGGUCCUACGUCCCCAAGACGACUGCGCAGCUCAAGACUCUCCGCGAGCGUAGAGGCAAUAAGCUGCGCACAAUAGAGCUGGACGUCGAGCAGCUGAUCUCUUCGCAAGAUUCAGCGGACCAGGCCGUCAGCUCGGCGAUUCAGCAAGCUACGCAACUUCUGUCGGGAGGCGAAGACGUCCUUGUCAUGACGUCCCGUAAACUCAUCACCGGCGCUGAUGCGCUCUCGAGUCUCAGCAUCGGAAGCAGUGUCGCUGCCGCGCUUGUCAAGAUUGUUCAGGGCAUCGAGGUCAGACCGAGGUAUAUCAUCGCAAAGGGCGGCAUCACGUCCUCGGAUGCGGCGACCAAGGGGCUGAGGAUCAAGCGUGCCAUGAUCCUGGGCCAGGCGGCGCCCGGGGUGCCGCUGUGGAGAUGCGAUGAGCCGACCAGCAGGCAUGUCGGCGUACCGUAUGUCGUAUUCCCUGGGAAUGUUGGAUCAGAGGAGACGUUGGCAGAGGUUGUGGAGCGAUGGGCUGUCUAA